AUGGGUCAAAAUCAGCAAGCUCAGUCAACCAGCGAAGAAGAGUUGGAAGUAUCGACAAUUCAAGACCUCUACAGGAGGUUCAUCAAUGAGUGCCCCAGCGGUUCGUUGCACUUGCACGAGUUCAAAAGGAUGUUUGGGGUUCAAAACGAUAAUUCGCCAGAAUCGCAAUACAUGGAGGGCAUAUUCAGUGCGUUUGAUAUGAAUGGGGACAACACCAUGGAUUUUAUCGAGUAUGUUGCGGCGCUAAACCUUGUGCUUCGAGGGCGGCUCGAGGAUAAACUCAAGUGGUCUUUCAAGGUGUUUGACAACGAUGACAAUGGACGACUGGACAGGCACGAGCUGAGAAUAAUUAUAAGGAUCAUCUACAAGAUAAAGAAAGGUUCUGUCAGUGACGAGGCCGGUCAAAUCCACCUCACACCUGAAGAGGUGUGUGACCGUAUCUUCCAGAAGGUUGACGAGAAUGGUGACGGUCAGAUAACUCUGGAGGAGUUUGUGGAGGGGGCAAAGAGAGACCCCUGGGUACAAAAACUCAUACGCCUGGAUAUCAACCCCAGUUACUGGGUCCACCAGCACUUGAGUGACAGAAAACUCCAGAGUCCAAAACAAUGAACUAAAAUGUCAGAAAGGGAGGAAGAGGACAUUGGUUCUCUCUAUUAAAGAGGAUCUGAACCAAAACAAUAACUUCUCUGGUUGAAAACGGCCUGUAUUCAUUAUCAUCGACUCUACUCCCAUAAU